AUGGGUUCGCAGGAAAAAGCCGUACAACUAGUGACCGCUUCCAAGACACAGUCAGUCGAUAAGAUAGUGGAGGCCUACCGGUGCGGUCAACGUGUCUUUGGCGAGAACUACGUACAGGAGCUGAGCGUCAAAAGUGUGGAUCCAUUAAUCGCGGAGAUGUGUCCGGACAUCGAGUGGCGACUUAUAGGACACAUU